AUGUCGUCUAAGGAAAGAAAAUGUAUCUGUGGAUGUACGCACAUUGCUCGAGAUCCCUCGAGUGUCACCAACGAAAUGGUGUGUCAGCAGUGUGGUUUGGUGCAAGAAGAAAACUCCAUUGUCUCCGAAGUCCAAUUUGGAGAAUCCUCUAGCGGUGCCGCUGUGGUUCAGGGUUCCAUGGUCGGCCCAAAUCAGACACGUGCAUUUAGCCAUGGCAGUGCUCUAGAAAGUAAAGAGCAUACAUUGAUGAGGGCAAAACAAAGGAUGAAGCUUAUUGCUGCCAGUAUGAGGAUCCAAGAAAGUGUGUUGAACACAGCUUUCGGAUGUUUUCAAUUAGCCCUCGCGAACAAUUUCGUGAAGGGUAGACGUUCCCAGAAUGUGCUAGCCGCUUGUCUCUAUGUGGCCUGCCGUAAAGAAAAAACAAAUCAUUUGUUGAUUGAUUUCAGUUCUCGUCUUCAGAUAUCCGUCUAUUCUCUCGGUGCAACUUUCUUGAAGCUUAUCAGGGUUCUCAACAUAGAAAACCUUGAGCCGAUUGACAUCUCGUUGUUCAUCGAGCAUUAUGCCGAGAAGCUUGACUUCGGCACAUACACCACCAAAGUUGUCAAGGACGCCCGCAACCUCGCAAAGCGUAUGAGUGCAGACUGGAUCUGUUCUGGCCGUCGUCCUGCCGGCAUUGCCGCCGCGUGUUUGUUGUUGGCUGCUCGUAUGAAUAAUUUCCAAAGAUCCCACGCAGAAUUGGUGGCUGUUGCGCAUGUCGCAGAGGAAACCAUUCAAAAGAGAAUGAACGAAUUCAAAAAGACCGCUUCGGCGAAAAUUACCGUCCUGGGGUUCAGAGAGGCCGUCAAGGAAAGCGACUACUUCACUCAGUCACAAGACCGCCCGCCCGCAAUCAACAGGAACAAGGAAAUCGAAAAGAAGUUUCAAAAGGUUCUUCGACAAAGAGAGCGCACCUUGGAGAGGCAUCGUGAAUUGGCACGAAAGAGGAAGCUUUUGAGCAGUCUAGAUAUUGUUCCUGAACUCUCGAUUGAUUCGAAUCCAGAGGCAGCGGAGAAGAUGUCGGAGACUAUUGAAAAUAACGAUAAUGAUGAAGAAUUAGACGAGGCGGAAAUACUAAAGUCCGUGAACAAUAUAAGCCCGGAAACUUUGGCUAGAUCUGGAAUCAGUCUCUCAGAGAGCAACUCCACGAAAGAUAAGGUGGCUCAAUCUACUACUGAGGAUCAAUCUCCAGAGACAGAUACUAAAGACGAUAAGAAUCCCACAGAUGUGAUUAAUCAAGACAAUACAGAAGGUGAAGAGAAAGAUCAGGAGAGCAACGAAGCAUCCGAUGAUGAGACAAACGAUUUGUUUGUGCCCAAUGAGGACGAUGAUGACUUUGGAUACGAUGACUUGCCCGAUGCACCAAGCGACAAUGAUGAGUUGUAUGAAGAAGAUGCCGAUGACGACGACGAUGAUGAUUACCCCGAACCUAAGUCAAGACUUUCGAAGUUGGAAAGUGAAUACGAAACAGUUCGCCCAGCUAGAAGAAGCGGAAGACUUGAGGGGCUCAAUGCCGAGUCUAGUACAUCUAGAAUGCGCUUUGCUGAUACACCAACUCCGCGAGUUCCGAGACCAAAGAAGUCCACAAGGAUUAGAAUAAAAAAAGAGAAAAUCGAGAAAGAUAAAGAAGCAAGUGAAGAUGGAUUUCUCAAAGCUAUCCUAGAUGGGGGGUCGCUCAAGGAAGAAGAUAUUGAGAAGGCGCUCGACGCUAUUUUACAAAAGAAUCACUCAUCCAAACCGACAUUUGAUGACUCUACUCAUCAAAGUGAGGAAGAAAUACGGAAAAUGAUUGAUUCACAGAGACCAAGGAAUUUAGUGAAAGGCGGUCCCUCCUCCAGCGAUAUUCUCAAAAAAGUGCGGGACGACGAGGAAUUGGACGAUAUGGAUGAUGACGAUGAAGUCAAUGACGUAAAACUCCUGGAAGAAGAAAUGAGAGAAAAAGAACGAAUGUGGAUUGCAAUUAAUCACGAUUUCCUCAUUGCUCAGGAGAAAAAGAGACUAAAGCUAGUAGCCGAUGAGCUUGCUGGUAAUUCUUCGGGCCAAGUGAAACGUAGAAGAACAGUCACAGUCAAGCAGCCACCAGCUAGUGACAGUGUCCGCCAAAACUCUUUGAGUAAUCGGACAAUUACUCCAGCCGAGAGCACAAGACAGAUGCUUCUGAAAAAGACCUACUCCAAAAAGAUCAAUUACGAUAUGUUUCCUCAACUCUUUGCAGAGUGA